UUGCGCUCAGUGGCCGAAUCUUCCUGCCUUCAGCUGUAGCGUUGCCCAUGGUGUCCCGGAGGGCUCACGUUCUAGCGAUUCUGGCUGCUUUUGUGCUAGACCUAGCAGUCACAGGCGGCCUUUUUGCCAUCGGCAACAUUGAGAAGAAGGACCCUCAUGCGACCAAAUACGAAUCAGAGACCUCUGAUACUUUCAGCUGCUGUUUGAUCCGCCUCGUGGUCUUCCCUCUGAUGUCCCUCCUGGCUCUGGUGGUGCACCGUCGCACGGCGUCUCCGCAGUCGCGCCCCUGCACCGCGACCUCGGCCUCGGAUCUUCGGGUGCCCUUGGCGGAGCUUCCGAUCAGCAGCACGAGCACGGGGAGUGCGAGAUCGAACUCGAGCGGCUCCAGCGGCUCCAGCAGCUCCGAGAAGACGGUCUUCGAGAUGAACCUGGAUCAUGCGCUGCUGAUGAAGAGAGCAGAUCGCAGGAAGGAGGUGGUCAUGAUGAUGCUCUUUGCCAUCAGCACGGGCAUGUCUUUCUACAACGGCAUCAAGUGCAUUGUGUUUCACUAUGACGCGAACUACUUGGUCCUACAGGGCACUUUGCAAGCCAUCACCAUGAUCAUGAUCAACGUGGAAUACUUCAUGCUGAAGAAUGUGCUCAAUAAGUUCACUGAGGACCAAGGUGAGCUCAUCCCGCAUAUGCACAUGCACCCACUGUUCUUUCAGACCGAGCUGAAGUGUCAUCGCUGCGCCGUUUGUGGCGAUUCGAUGAAGAGGCCUCACUACGUGGCCCACAUUUGCCGCAGCUGCAAUUUUGGCCUUUGCCCCAGGUGCUAUAAACAGAAAGACAAAACCAGUGCCAAAGGAUUUGGUGCUUGGUCUGUGCGGCGGGCUGGCGAGCAGAUUACAACAUGGACUUACUUCAAGCGUAUUGUCCUCAUCGCCCUGGACUUCUGGCCCACGCUGGUGGCGGCUUUGGCAUGCCUGGUGAUUGUGCAGCUGCUGCAGAUCCUGACACCCAAUGUGCAGGGCUCCAUCUUCGACGGCAUCAUCGCCUUUCUGCAGCACCCAGAGUCGGGGCGAGGCCACUUCGAGACGGCGAUGCUGACGUACGUGGUGGUGAAUGUGCUGCAGGGCUGCUUCAGCGGGCUGAAGGCGCUGGCGCAGGAGCUGGUGCAGCGGCGGAUGGCGUGCUCUGUGCGGCUGCAGCUCUUCGCCAGCGUCAUCCGCAUGGACAUCGCCUUCUUCGACACCAUGCAUACGGGCCAGCUCACCAGUCGGCUCACCAACGACGCCGGCGAGAUGACGCAGCCUUUGAACACCCUCAUGAACGACCUGCUGGCCAACGUGCUGCUCCUGGUGGGCGGCAUGCUGAUGGCCUUCCGCACCUCCUGGAAGCUGUCGAUUUUGUCCCUGACCAUCGUGCCCCCUAUCACCUACAGCUACCGGGCCUACGCCCAUUGGGCGCGCAAGGUGAGGCUCUCCAUCCAAUGCGCCAUGGGCGAGGCCAACUCUACCGCCACCGACGCCAUCUCCAACAUCCGCACGGUGCGGGGCUUCUCCACCGAGGAAUUCGAAUCCGGCAACUUCUCAGACUCCAUCAAUACGUCCUUAGGCCAUGGGGUCAGAAACGCAUACGUGGGGGCCUCCAUGACAGCCUUCACCACAUACUUGAACCUGGGCACUGCGGUGCUGAUUCUUUGGUAUGGUGGGCAGCAGGUGUGCGACGGGAAUGGACAGAUGAGCAUCGGCUCGCUCAUCACCUUCCAAUUGUACUGGAACAUGAUGAACAACGCCUUCAUCUCCCUGGGAAAUGUCUUCAAUGACCUGAUCAGGUCCUCUUCCGCCGCCGAGCGGGUUUUCUCCCUCAUCGACGCGCGGCCGGACGUGAAUCCGGAUGAGGGGGAAGUGGUGACCCGUGAGAGCGUGAAGGGUCACUUGCAGCUCAAGGGCAUCCAGUUCUGGUACCGCUCGCGUCCCGACAGCCUCGUGCUGAAGGGCAUCGACCUGGACCUGCACCCUGGAACCAGCACCGCCUUGGUGGGCAAGAGCGGGGGUGGCAAGAGCACCUUGGUGAACUUGCUGAUGCGGUUCUACGAGCCCACGGCUGGGGACAUCCUUCUGGAUGGGCGGAAUACCAAGACCUUGUCCUCCAAAGGUGUGCGCCAGUGCUGUGGCUUCGUGGCUCAGGACACGCAGCUCUUCUCCUGCUCCGUGGAGGAGAACCUUGCCUACGGCCUGGGCCGGGACUACACCAAGGAGGAGCUCAUUCACGCCUGCAAGGCCGCCAACGUGCACGAGUUCAUCCUGGACAUGGAGGAGGGCUACGACACCCGGGUGGGGGAGAAGGGCAUCAUGCUGUCGGGGGGCCAAAAGCAGCGCCUCGCCAUCGCGCGCUGCUUCCUGCGGAGGCCCCGGAUGCUCUUCCUGGACGAGGCCACCUCCGCCUUGGACGCGGAGAACGAGGCGAUGGUGCAGGCCGCUCUUGAGAAGCUGAUCUCGGAGCUGAGGAGCACUGUGGUGCUCAUCGCGCACCGGCUCAGCACCGUGAUCAACGCCACCCAGAUCUGCGUGGUCCACAAGGGCGCCAUCAUGGAGCACGGGACUCACGAGGAGCUGCUGAAGACUGGGGGGGUCUACAGCCAGCUGGUGAGCCGCCAGCUGUCGAGGGACGCCAGCGCUGUCAUGGAUGCCAAGGGAAAGCAGUGUGAAAUUGACGGUCUGAUCGAAGAGAUGGAAACUACGGGUGGCUUGCACCUGGAGCAAUGAUCUCUGACAGCCCGGCAAAUUUGCUGCAGCAUGCAGAGCAGUUCAACUUGCCAUGACACUCAAACGCAGAUUCGGACUGAGUACAUCCCGCCUUGCUUCAAGAGCCGGUCACAACAGACACGGCUGGCGCAGGGCGCUAAUUAAGCAUUUCGACGCACGCCGCGUUUGGUCGGAGCCUCGUUUCGAGGGCGCAGCCAACGUGCAGCCGGGCCGCGCACGAGCUCCAGCCAAUCCCGGCACCCGCUGCGAAUUUUGUGACCGAGGCCCAAGUCAGUUUGGACCACUUUUCCACUAUGGCCUGAUGUGGCUUGUACAGUUGGCCACGAUCAAAGGCAUGCAUGGAGAAUUCGCGACGAAAGAAAGAUCCUUUGCCCAGAUUCGCUUUCCCUUGCUUUCCUUCGGACUGCGGGGAUCGGUACGAACUCGGGAUCCAUUGGAUCCGAAGCCUCCAGGUUUCUCACUUGCCUUUUGGAGACAGCGCUGAGUUCCAUGAGUUUGCAGGGAAUGCUAGUCUAUAAGCCCAUCAGUGUGACUCUAGGACAUGAUGGUAUAACUUGGUCCCUGCACGUACAAGUACCCGGUGGACACCAGCUGAAAAAAACAAUUGGCCAUGGGUCAAAC